UACAGUGGGCCAAAUCUCAGUGUCUCUCUCUUUCCCUCCUUUGGAAGGCUGUUUGGCAUCUGUCACACUGAUCUGGAACAUUAGCUACCAGCUAAAUACAUACUGGAUAACUUGUUCUGUUAUACAACCUGAGUAAGAACUGCCUGCCAGGAAUACUGGCAUGAGAAAAGGAAGAAUCUAAAAGGUGCAUAUGAUUCACUGGGCCAAGGAAAACAUCAGCACAGGACAGGAACCAGGACUUUGGAGGCCUGUGACCGAGUGGAGGAAUAGCGGUGUCACACAGAAUGACAACACAUUGAUUUACCUGAGCUAGACAGUCAGGAAGACACAGAGAGGAAUUAAGUGAUUGUGCUGACAAAAGUGGCUAAUUUUGGAACAGAGUGGUGAACUGAAGAAGAAGAUCGUGCAGCAGUCUGCUCUGGUUCCUUUGCUCAUAUAAAUAGACUUUUGUUUGGGCCUAGUGUGGCCUCCUGAAGCAGUGACCAGAACCAUGAAGCUGUCAGGGAAUGUGCUGGAUCUGGACUCCACAGACUACAGCACCACCCUUGAUCCCUCCUACACCAUGCUGGAGUUUGACAACCUCAGGGUGUUUCCUGUAGAGACAGAGUUGAUGAUGCCGGAGCCUGCCCCUCUGCUGCCACAGACCAAUGGGAGCGUGUGUUCCAUAUGUGCAGACAGGGCCACAGGUAAACACUAUGGUGCUUCCAGCUGUGAUGGCUGCAAGGGCUUCUUCAGGAGGAGCGUCAGGAAGAACCACGCCUACACCUGCAGGUUCAGCAGGCAAUGUGUUGUGGACAAAGACAAGAGAAACCAAUGCCGUUACUGCAGGCUUCGGAAAUGUUUCCGAGCAGGCAUGAGAAAGGAAGCCGUGCAGAACGAACGGGACCGCAUCAGCAGCCGCAGAGGAGAGGGACAGGGGCUGGGCACUCUGUCCAUCAGCGUACUGUUACAGGCAGAGGCCAGCAUGCAUCAGUUUCCAGCCCUGACCUCCCCUAUGAGCUGUGACAUCAACACCAAGAAGAUAGCGCUCGUGGGGGACGUGUGUGAGUCCAUGAAGCAGCAGCUCCUCCUGCUGGUGCAGUGGGCCAAGCGCAUCCCCGAGUUCUGCAGCCUCCCCGUUGACGACAGGGUAUCCCUGUUACGAGCCCACUCUGCUGAACACCUCAUCCUAGGGGUGGCUCAACGCUCCCUGCCUUACAAUGACAUUAUCCUUCUGGGUAAUUACUUUGUGAUCCCAGUGAGCGGUCCUGAGGUGGAGGUGUCCAGGGUGGCUGCCCGGAUCCUGGAGGAGCUGGUCAAGCCUCUGAGAGAGCUGGACAUCACCAACAGCGAGUUUGCCUGCCUUAAAACCAUAGUCUUCUUCAGUCCUGACUGCCCAGGGCUGGAGGCCCCUCAGACAGUGCGGCAGCUGCGUUUCCAGGCCCAGGUGCUGCUGGACGAGGCCACCUGUGAACAGCGGGGGCGUUUUGGGGAGCUGCUGCUGAUUCUGCCCCCCCUGCAGAGUGUGGCCUGGCAGAUGGUGGAGACCCUGCAGCUGGCCAGGCUCCUGGGGGAGCCCAGCGUGGACAGCCUGCUGCAGGAGAUGCUGCUGGGAGAGGGGGCCACUGGGGGCCUGGGACAACGCACAGGGCACGGUACACUCCAGAGGGGAGAUACUUACAGUUCUAACUCAAAUGUAAUGACGUUCCCCCAACCCCAAGAUCACACCCUGUCUCGGGACCUACUAGGAGGCCAUGUCGGGUUGCCGAGCAACUUCACAUCAGUCAUCCUACCUGUCCCUAGCUCUCUGCCUGUUUUGCCUCUAGUGCCCACACAGACUGGCACUGAGGUGUACAGACAUGGAGAGGGGGCAGACAUGCCCAUAGAGUCUGCCCACAGCAUGCCCAUGGCUCCUGUCCACACCUGCCUCUGAGAAGCAGACCAAGCAGCAGCAGCUACUCAACCAGAGAGGAGAAAAAAAAGCUGUGGUCUAAACAUGCUGGCACACACACACACACACACACACACACACACACACACACACACACACACACACACACACACACACACACACACACACACACACACACACACACACACACGCACGCACGCACGCACGCACGCACGCACGCACACACACACACACACAUCCAAUCUAGCCCACGGUUGGUUUGAGUAAAAUUGUUUUUUUUUGGAGGGGGAAAAAUGAUAAUGGACCUGCAGUUUCUUGACUGUGUCCAGCUCCCUGAUAACCACAGCGAGGAAAUACAACACAUUUUCAUUGCAGCCCUUGGAACCUCAUUGAAGACCGAUUGUGGCCCCUGGGGCAAAAUGAGUUUGCCACCCCUGACCUGGUGUUGGUGCAUCCAGGCCGUGCUAUUACAUGAUUACAACAUGAAGUAGGGGCUGUUACAUGGACACUAGUAACCCAAAAAUGGACUCUGACUCAACCAGCCAGUCCUCUCCCUUAUCCACCUUUGCACAAUGCACAUUACACACAGGGAAUAUGAUGCACACAAUUAAUAAUUGAUCAGGAAUUGUUCUUUAUGUUAAACAUUCACUGACAAUUCAAAUCAUCAAAGCAAUAAAGACCACAGCUCAAUAGUAUGUUAUCUUUAUUAGAUCAUUGUUGGGUGAGUGAGCUGUGUUGGCUUGUUAAUUAAUCACAUAGUGAUGUGACAGUGAAGUAAGAACAAGUUCAUGUUUUUAAUUCCAUGCAGAUGUUGGUACUGUUAAACAUUUUAAAGUUACUCGUACAAAUGUUUUUUUUUUUAAUGGAAAUAAAUGAAAACACUUGA